AGUGCAAUCAGUCCCUUAAAUUAUGGAGAACAAUUGAAUUAUUUCACCCAUCCCUCUACCCUUCCCUUCCAGUGCCUGCCAUUCCUUGCCUACCCUAGUUUCCAAUCCCUAUAGGUAUCUAGAACAGAACUACUACCACAUAGCUACCGUGGUUUCACCCACUAGCGAAUAAGUGUUCUCUCUCUCUCCAAUUCCUAAAUCUCCACGCAUUCAUUCCAAUCCUCAGGUAUCCAAAUUUCAUUCAUCCUCCGCAGCUCCAUCCGGCAAUGCCACUAAAUCCUCCACGAGAGGCCAUUCCACGGGGACGUACGAGUACAACAAGAAUCUCAAUCACGCGAUCGACCAACAAAACAACAAAAAAGAAAGAAGGUAGGCCGAGAGAGCAGGAGGCUAGUAAAACAAGGGUUGCGGACAAGAGAGUAUUAAGGAGCGAAUUAUCCAGGAAAACGAAAAGGAGAGUUAAAGGCAGUACUAGCAAACACACACGCGCGGGCCAAAACCAGACAGAAACAGAGUUCGAUCGAUUGAUCUCUCGUCAUGUUCCAAAGCAAAGACUAUUCGAAGAUAACUCGAAGAUAAAUAUUCGCGCCAGAACCCGAUCCAAGACCACACCAGACCAGAAAUGCAGGGAUAUAACAUAAUGGGGUCCAAAAAGUGGAGACUAAAUGGGUUAAGUGGAGCAAAGU